UUGAAUCUGGGUUUCGCGUACGCUAGAGGAUGUGCGGCGGCGAGGCCAGACGUUGGUAACGUUUUGUACUCGGGAUGCUCUGUAAUGGAGCGCCUGAGUAAAACGAAUUACCGCAGAUUGAGAAACUGACAUGGGUGAAGGCACCUAUGUUUCAGGAAAAGGCUGGCAGCUAAAGUAAGAGUGAGCCCCCAGGAAGUGGACAUGCCAGCGGAAACACCUCCUCCUGUAGGGAAACCGGUUUGAGACGGCUGUCACUUGUUGUAGAUCAGGAGGCGAGGCUUUGGAGGCAGCAUGCAUGUGAAAGAUAAGCUAUCACAAUGUUUCAAGGACCUUGUUUUAACAACUCCACCUAGACAUACCCUGCUCAGUUAAAAAAGACAUCUCGGGCUUCAAUGCACGGUGGGCAAGAUGGGGGAGCGGACCGUUGGCGGCCCAGUGGCUGCGAUCUCUCCAGUGCAGCAGAUGCUGGCCUCUGGCACUGGAGCCCUCCUCACAUCUCUAUUUGUCACUCCGCUGGACGUUGUGAAGAUAAGGCUGCAGGCUCAGCAGACUCCCUUCCACCAGGCUUUGGGCCGUGAAUCCGCUCCAUGGGGUGGAGUCGGCCGCUCGUCCAAAUGGAAAUGUUUUCUGUACUGCAACGGCCUGAUGGAUCACAUCUACGUCUGCCAGAACGGAACCAGCUGCUCCAGCUGGUACCGAACACCGACGCAUUUCAGUGGCACUCUGGAUGCUUUUGUGAAAAUCACCCGUCAUGAGGGACUCCGCUCUCUGUGGAGUGGGCUGCCACCGACGCUGGUGAUGGCCGUCCCAGCCACCGUGAUCUACUUCACCUGCUACGACCAGCUGAGGGACUUCCUGUGGUUCGGUUUGGGCCUCCAGGGCAGCCAUGUUCCUCUUCUGGCCGGAGGGCUCGCCAGAUUGGGCGCCGUGACGGUCAUCAGCCCUCUGGAGCUGGUCAGGACCAAAAUGCAAUCCAGGAAGCUGAGCUACAGCGAGCUGCGCGUGUGCAUCCGCUCGGCGGUGGCCCAGAGCGGCAUGCUGUCUCUGUGGAGGGGGUGGGGGCCCACUGUUCUCAGAGACGUGCCUUUUUCUGCUUUGUACUGGUUUAACUACGAACUGGUGAAGGCCCAGCUGUGUGAGCGAUACGCAACGUCGAAGCCCAACUUCUCCAUCAGCUUCACUGCAGGAGCCGUUUCUGGAGCCGUUGCUGCUGUCCUGACGCUGCCGUUCGACGUGGUCAAGACUCGGCGGCAGAUCCAGCUGGGAGAGAUGGAUUCUCUGGGAGUUUCCAGAAAGGGAACCACUUCCACUUGGCACAUCAUGAAGGAGAUCUGGUCUGCUUUGGGCUACAGAGGCCUCUUUGCAGGUUUUCUGCCCAGAGUGAUCAAAGUGGCGCCAGCCUGUGCUGUCAUGAUCAGCAGCUAUGAGUUUGGGAAGGCUUUCUUCCAAAAGGUGAACCUGGACCGACAGCGCCUGGCACCAUGAACUCCACCAACAGGGGGCGCUGGUUGGCCUGGACAUAAAAGAAGCACCUCCAACCUUCCUGCAUGCCUGAUAACACUUGCUAAAGGGUUAAGGAGAAGUUUGGAUGCUCACAUUUAGACAUUUGGACUCAUCUGUGAAUCUGAACCUGCUGUGCAUGACAGUGGAACAAACUCAAAGACUGCAACUUGAUCCGUACUGUAGCAUGAGGUCCAGGUGAAAUGCUUUACCACGUUUUCUGUUGUCCUGUUGCGGUAAAACAUGACAAUUUUAGCGACUAUCUGCUGUGUAGAUAAUUUAAAAAAAAGUUUGAAUGUGGAUUGAGUUAUUUUUCAUAUGGAACAAGAGACGUGUGGGUAGAAAUUGAAACUCGUUUCAGGAGAUUCUCAGAACUUAGUGAGUGAAUACUUUAGACACUGGACCAGAAAAUGAGAAAAUGUUGAAGGACGUAAAUGUUUUCUGUUUUAUAAGAAAUUGUAUUAAAAUGUUACAACCUG